AAUUUCAGAAAAAAAACAUGAUUUUGAUCGUAUCUAUAUUUUAUACCUAAACUUUGAACAUCGGUUGCUUUUGACAUUUGACAAUGCCAGUCUCAGAAGCAGUUGUCAGCUUCUGUCACGGCCUGCUGCACGCGGGUUAUGGAUGGCCACCUAAGAUGGCCACGCGCCCGCCCUUAGAGAAUAGAAUCUACCGGUACCGCCGCGCCGGUACCCGGCCGGUCUGUCAUUAGGGGUGCCCACAGACCAUUCUGUGGGGAUGCCAAUCACCGUCGAUGGUUGUUUUCAUAAAUCUGUAGUAUCGCUCAUCGCUCCCUACCCACUAUCAAUAGUUUUGCAAGCCAUUAGUGUUGCCACAUUAUAAGCUAUUGAUAGUACUAUCACAAUGUUGUGGUAUAGUACUAUCUAUAGUUUUAAUUGAAAUACGUCACCGAUAUCCAUUUCGGAGCAACACUAUAAUACUAUCGAUAGUAUCGAAACGUGAUGAUGAUUAGACUACUUAUCCAUAGUAAAUAUAUUGCAAUAUUAGAUAUAUAAUCCAUAGUAUUGAUAUUUUUGCACCACACAGUCUACAGUCUAAUCGUCACCACGGUUCAUACUAUCAAUUUUAUUGUUAUUUAUUAAUGAUAUAACUAUUGAUGCUGUUGUUUUUUUCUCAAAAUGUCGAUAGUUUAUCAAAACCAAACGCUAUCGAUAGUUAACUAUCGAUCGAGCGCAACACUACUUUGUGGCUUGUGGACCCUGCCCAUUUCUUGCCUUGGGCCUUGUUUGUUGUGUGUGUGUAGGUGGUGUGGUGUUGCUUGACGUAGGUACUUAUACCUACUAGUUAUAUAUUGUAUUCUGUUCUGUUUGUGUUGUUGGGCAAAGAAGAGGAUAAAUCAAAUUAUCAAUCGCUACCUAUACGUUUAAUUGUUGGGACUUGGGAAUGGUGUGAUACCUUUUCUGAAAUUAUCGCUAAGAACAAAGUAAACGAAAUGGAUUCGUUGCUCGGUUUUUACUUAAGUUUAUUAUCGGUUUUAUCCAUUGCAACAUCAUCAAGAGUUUUAGAACUAAGCGAUAAAUUUAUUGAUGUCAGUCAUGACGGAAUGUGGUUUGUAAAAUUUUAUGCUCCUUGGUGUGCACACUGUCGUCGACUAGAACCUGUGUGGGCACAUGUUGCACAGACCUUGUAUAGUUCUCCCAUCAAAGUUGCUAAAGUGGAUUGUACAAGAUUUUCUGCUGUUGCCACACAUUUUAAAAUUAGAGCAUAUCCUACAAUUCUAUUCAUUAAGGGUUCAUUUCGUCAUGAGUAUAAUGGUGACAGACUAAAAGAAGAAAUGGUGAAUUAUGCUUUGCGAAUGUCCCAACCAGCAAUUCAGAAAGUUUCUCAGGAGGACAGCAUCGGUGACUUGAAGGAAACUCAUUCUGUAUUCUUUGGAUAUGUUGGAAAACAGUCAGGGCCAUUAUGGGAAAUGUAUAUGAAACAUGCAGAAAAGUAUCAACCUCAUACAUGGUUUUAUGCAAUGUCUCAUGAUAUUAUCAGGAAUGAAUUUAAACCUCCAAAUGAAACUGUUAUAUUUGUGAAUAAGGAAGGUGACGUGUUUUUCUUUGAAGCUACUCCAAACCUGAUUGAGGACACGGAAGCCUUAAAUGUAACUUUAGACAAAUGGAUUAACUCCGAAAGGUUCGGCUUCUUUCCAAAGAUCACUAGAUCAAAUAUAAAUGAUUUGAUUGACACAGAAAAAUAUAUAGUAAUUGCUGUUGUAUCUGAAAAUAAAUUAAAUGAAAUAACUCAGACUGAAAGAGAUUUCAAGGACAUGAUUGAAGGUAUAGUAAAGAGACGAAAGAGAGAUCUGCACCGCAAGUUCCAAUUUGGUUGGUUGGGUAAUCCGGAUCUGGCGAACUCCAUAGCUAUGUCAGAACUGACUGUACCCCAUCUGAUAGUGUUGAACUCAACCACCAGCCACCACCACAUACCGGACGACGACCCCGUUCUUAUGACACCUGAGGCUGUAUCAAUUUUCCUUGAUCAGAUACACGAUCAAGUGGCACCGGCAUAUGGAGGUAACAGUUGGCCGGUGCGGUUCUACAGAGGGUUCUACGAAGCCAGAACAACACUGAGCAACAUGUGGCGCGGCAACCCCGUCCUUACUGCGCUCGUGUUCGGCUUGCCGCUGGGAUUCCUGUCUCUCAUCUGCUACUCUGUCUGCUGCGCGGAUAUCUUGGAUGCGGAAGAAGAAGAAUCAUCUGAUACCCAUGAAAAGAAGGAUUAAACUGGGGUAAUAGUCGCCACUAGAUUUAUCUAACAAGAUGUAUGUAUUGUUUUUUUUUAUACAUCGUCUUUUCCUACCCUUGGCGGGUAGAGUCGUAAUUUUAUGUAUAAUGGUUCUAUAAUUUACGGAGCGAUAAAUGAAUUACCUAUAAUCAUAGCUCGUAUCAUCUUGUGGUAUUUUAAACAUAAUUUUCUAUGAAAUAAUGGUAUAGAAUGUAAAUGUCUCGACAUUGAAUGUAUAAGAAUGAUCUGGUGUUUCUUUUGUAUUUAAAUAUUAUUUACUAGCGACCCGGCCUGGUUUCGCACGGUCUAGGCUGUAUGUAUAAACCUUAGUUGACAAAUGUCCCAAUAACAGCUAAAAGUGCAUCAAAAUCCCUUGCGUGUUUUGAAAGAAUAAAGCCUAGAUAGAAACAGACGCGACGUGCGACUUUGUUGUAUACUAUGUAGUGAUUCCUAAUAGUUAAGGUUAAGUGUACGAAGUGUGGGCGGAAUUUAUGCAUUUAAAAUUUAAAGGGUAUAAAAACUGGUUAUAAAAAAAAUAAUUACGUAGAUUAACUCCUGUUUAGCGUAAAGUGUCUACAAUAAUAGGUAGGUAAUGAUUAAAUUAUUUGAAUUAAUAUAUAAGAUUAAUUGGUAUAUGAUGGCAAAUCUGAGGAGGCAAUACAAUACAUUUGUUUAGGUAUUUAAAAAUUGGUAUCUACACAAUUUUUACAUGUUUUUUUUAGGGAAAUACCCACUUUAAAAACCAAUAUAUGAAUGAUCAAUUUUAAUGUGCCAACAUUUUGAUUUGUUUGUCAGGUUGUAUACUUUGGCGAAAUCUUCCAUGGUCAAUACAUAUAUAAUGCAGGUUAUUCGAUGACCAUACCAGCGUAAUGCAAUUUUUAUCUUACAUAAUGAAUAUGGGAUAAAACACAGGGCCUGAUUCAUUGUUAUAUAAGUAUCUGAUAGCCUAUUGUAACAUGUCAAACCGAUAGCACAUUUAACUUCAGGUAGAUUUAUCAGAUAGUUUAGCUGUCAGAUUACUUUAUGAUACUUUAUCAAAAAGCUUAUCUUAGUCUUUAGCUUUAUCCUUAGUCUCGUUUAUUUCAAAGAAAAGUAAAAAAAAAUGGUAAAAGAGGUAUUAUUUGUAUUCUUCUUUUACCAAAAGGUUACUACAUAAUAUGGUGAUACUUAUGUGUUCUUUUUUUCAAUAAAAAAAAACAUAUUAUCCGGAAAGCAUUUUCUAUUCGUAUAAGUGUAUAACUAGUGUUAAAAAGUUUGUGUAAUGCAUAAACUCCUCAACUUUAAUUUUAGAGGUACUCGCAAAACCGGUUGCUAUGUAAUAUUUUAUUCCUGUUAUUCAUAAAGAAAGAAAAAGCAUAUUAUAAGCUACAAUAUGUUUUGUCUCUUUCUGUUAAUGCCAAAUAUUGUAAAGUGCUAUAGUGACAAAAUAAUUUUGCUUAUAGUAUGUUUUAACUUUUUUAUGGAUAACAGGGUAAGUAUAUCAGUAUAUGGCAGGUUUAAACAAUGGGUUUAUGGAUAGGUAUUAUUAGAUUUGUCUUAAAUCUCGUACUGGGCUUUAUAGAGCUUGUGGUUUUUUUUAAUAAAACGUAUUGUGUGAUCUAGUCUUUGAAAUGCUUUUAAGGCACAAAGCAGGAACAAAAUUUACAAGUAAGGUUAGCAUGAGAUUUUGUGAGAACGUGUAAGCGUAUCAAUAUAGAUCGCGUCUUUAUUGUAAAAAGUAACUAUCAAUUCUCCAUAUAUUUUUUUACGUUUACGAUAUGAUUACAUUCUGGCAAAAUUUCUUAAAAUGUUUGGACAAUGUACGUAAAAAUUGAAAAAAGAAUAUGCCAUGGGACUUGAAGAUUUUUUUAAAAGUUUCAUGGCUCCAUCGUUUGCCAAAACGAAGAUUAAUUCAGAUUGAAGAAAUGCCAUAAAAGUCAUGACGACGGCUCUAGUCAUCGCAGUCGUACAUCGUCGACACAUCCCUACUGCUAGAUCUAGACCUCGGAGUAUCCAGAGUUUACUGCUUUAAUCGUUUUAAAAAAAAUAAUUAGGUCCUUACAUAUUAAAUUGGCGUUUGGUAUAGGAGGAAAAAAAAGUCGAAUCAUUUUUUAAUAUAAUAUAGUUAUUUAAUCAAUGCAAGAACCAUUAUUAUCUAUGCACUUUUGCCAUCUCAUAGGUAGUUCAUUGAUCCCUUUACUAAAAAAACAAUUCGGACGGGAAUCAAUAAAAUCUUUGAAGGCGGUUUGGACUGCCCUACCAGAGUUGAUAUUUUUCCCUUGGAAGAAGUUAUCAAAAAAUCGAAAAAAUGGUAAUCUUUUGGACCAAGGUCUGGGAAGUACGGUGGAUGUCUUAGACAUUCCAAUUGAAGCUCCUCUAAUUUGGUAGCCGUCUGUUGUGUAGUGUGUGGUCUAGCGUUGUCGUGAAGCAGCAGUGGCGUGGAGCGAUCGACCAGCCUCGGGUUGUUUAGCAGCUUUUCCAUCAUAGUUUGCAAUUGCUGACAAUAGACGUCUGCCGUAAUCGUCUGGCCAGAUUUGAGAAAACUGUAAUGAACGACACCGGCACUAGUCCACCAAAUGCUGACAAGUAACUUUUUUGGGGUUCAAUUUUCGAUUGGGGCAGGAUUUGGCCAGGGUCCAGCCAUGAGAAUCCACCUUUUCAUCACAGGUAAUGAUUUGAUUUAAAAACCCUUCACUAUUGUGCCUGUUAAGUAAUGUAACGCAGCAGUCGACACGCGUCUGCCGGUUUGUGUCACUCAAUUCGUGAGUUACCCUACCUAUCAAGUUUCUUAAUCUUCUCAAUUUGCUUCAAGUUUAUUAAAAUAGUUUUAUAACUAACACCGAAGCCUGAAGCUAAAGCUGACGUGGUUCGCGAUGGAUCCGCUUCCACAAUAGCCUUCAAUUCUUCAUUAUCAACUAGGGCCUUCGGCCGUCCACGGGGCUUGUUCUGCAGCUCGAAAUUUCCAGAACGAAAACGUUGGAACCAAAAACGCCCUGUGUUUUCUUUUUCGACACGUCAUUAACCCUUACCGCAGCACUGGUGCCACGGUGGAACUUGUACUCGUAAAUAACGCGAUAUUUCAAGUUUUCCAUUUUGUAAACUGAGUAACGCAAACAGAAAAAUCAGAAGAAAAAAACAAAUACAUGUGUAAAACAAACGGUUAACGAAACACAAAUACAUGUGUAAAUAGUUGUAUAAAUUUGAAUUUGGAAUUCCUAACCAAAGAGGAGAAAUUUGUGAUUAAAUUGGCCAGUACAACAAAAAGCUAAUUUCAUACGUAAGGACCUAAUAUCUUCAAUAUGAAUUCCAUUUUUGUUCCUAAUGUAUUAUGUAAUUAUACAUAUUAGGUAUAUGUAUAGACAUUGAGAAAAAAUCUGGUACUCCAUUUAAGCUGUUAUCAAUAUAAGCAUUUAGUAUUAAAAUAUUGUAUCUUUUUGUUACAUAUUUUUUAUUUAUUUAUGAGAAAAUCGCCGUAUUUUUACAUUAUUCCAAUAAAUGGUAUGUACAAAUAAGUUA